AUGUAUCCCACUGUCAACCCAGUGCCCAAAGGCCCUGCCUUCGAUAGACUUCCACCGUGGGUGCAACAGAAGCUCUCCCCGUUAGCGAUCGCGAAAAUACAGGCCGUGUACGACUGGGUUGAGAACGAAUGCAUCCCUCGUGAGCCUAUCGUGAAAGCCCAACUUGAAGGCAGGCGGUGGACCACGCCAGCCGUCAUUCACGAGCUCAGGGAGAAGGCCAAGGGAAAAGGAUUAUUCAAUCUUUUCCUGCCCAACCACUUCGAAGAAAGUCCGGGUCUCACAAACCUUGAGUACUCCUGCUGCGCAGAAAUCAUGGGAAGGUGCUACUGGGCCGCCCAGACCAUGAAUUGCCACGCACCCGAGACUGGGAAUAUUGAGCUAUUAGCGAAAUACUGCAACGAGGAACAAAAGGCAAAAUGGUUGAAGCCCCUCAUGGAUGGGACUGCGUCGUCUGCGUAUUCAAUGACUGAGCCCGAUGUUGCUAGUUCGGAUGCCACACAGGUCGGUAUACGGAUCACACGUGACGGAACUGAUUAUGUCAUCAACGGGCGGAAGCUCUAUGGCAACUGUCUCUGGAAUAAAGACCUAUCCUUCUACAUCCUCAUGGGUUGCAGCGAUCCUGGGAACCCUGACAGAUGGAGACGCCACUCAAUGCUUAUCGUUCCUUGCAAUACCCCGGGGAUUACUCAGCUGCGAAAUCUGAGCAUUAUGGGUUAUGAUCAUGCUCCGGAUGGACAUGGAGAAUACCUAUACAAGGAUGUCAGAGUACCCCGAGAAAACAUCAUUCUAGGCGAAGGGAGAGCUUUCGAGAUCGCUCAGGGAAGGCUUGGUCCUGGUCGCAUCCACCACUGUAUGAGACUGAUUGGGCAGACCGAGCGGGCCUACGAAUUAGCACUGAUUCGAUGUAACGACCCUCGAAAGAAGCCCCGAGGUAGGUUCAUCGGCGAUUUUGACUCGAACAUUGAGCGCAUUGCUCAGAUGCGACUUGAGCUGGAUGCCGCUCGGCUUGUAGUUCUCAAUGCCGCUGACACUAUGGAUACACACGGCAACAAGGCUGGGAAACGUGGCAUCGCUCAGAGCAAAAUCCUCAUUCCCGAGAUGGCUGCAAAAUGGAUCGACGAAUGUAUGCAAAUCUAUGGCGGGCAAGGCUUGACUCAGCAUACUCCCUUGCCCGAGAUGGUAAUCCUAUCCCUUUCAAGCGAGCACAAUUUUGGCGGGGUGGAAAUUCGCUAA